GAACCAUGGGGCUCUCCCGGAAGGAGCAGGUCUUCAUGGCCCUGCUGGGGGCCUCGGGGGUCGCAGGCCUCACCGCACUCAUUCUCCUCCUGGUGGAGGCUGCCAGCGUGCUCCUGCCCGCCGACCUCAAGUUUGGGAUCGUGUUUGACGCCGGCUCCUCCCACACGUCCCUCUUCCUGUAUCAGUGGCCAGCAGACAAAGAGAAUGGCACGGGUGUGGUCAGCCAGGCCCUGGCCUGCCAGGUGGAAGGCCCUGGAAUCUCCUCCUACGCUUCGGACCCGGCACAGGCCGGUGAGAGCCUGCAGGGCUGCCUGGAGGAGGCGCUGGUCCUGAUCCCAGAGGCCCAGCGUCGGAAAACACCCACAUUCCUGGGGGCUACGGCUGGCAUGAGAUUGCUCAGACAGAAGAAUAGCUCUCAGGCCAGGGACAUCUUUGCAGCAGUCACCCAGGUCCUGGGCCGGUCUCCUGUGGACUUUUGGGGUGCCGAGCUCCUGGCUGGGCAAGACGAAGGUGCCUUUGGUUGGAUCACCGUCAACUACGGCUUGGGGAUGCUGGUCAAGUACUCCUUCACUGGAGAAUGGAUCCGGCCUCCAGAGGAGACGCUGGUGGGCGCCCUGGACAUGGGGGGAGCCUCCACCCAGAUCACCUUUGUGCCUGGGGGCCCCAUCUCGGACAAGAGCACGCAGGCUGAUUUUCGCCUCUAUGGCUCCGACUACAGCGUCUACACGCACAGCUACCUCUGCUUUGGACGGGACCAGAUGCUGAGCAGGCUCCUUAUUGGGCUGGUGCAGAGCCACCCGGCUGCCCUGCUCCGUCACCCAUGCUACCUCAGCGGCUACCGGACCACGCUGGCCCUGGCCCCCUUGUACGAGUCACCCUGUGUCGACACCACGCCUCCCCUGGGCCUUCCCCAGAAUCUUACAGUUGAAGGGACAGGCAACCCUGGGGCCUGCGUCUCAGCCAUCCAGGAACUUUUCAACUUCUCCGCUUGCCAGGGUCAGGAGGACUGUGCCUUCGACGGGGUCUACCAGCCCCCAGUACGGGGCCAGUUCUACGCCUUCUCCAACUUCUACUACACGUUCCACUUUCUGAACCUCACCUCCGGGCAGCCCCUGAGCACCGCCAACGCCACCAUCUGGGAGUUUUGCCAGAGGUCCUGGAAGCUGGUGGAGGCCAGCUACCCCGGCCAGGACCGCUGGCUGCGCGAUUACUGUGCCUCAGGCCUGUACAUCCUCACCCUUCUGCGAGACGGCUACGGCUUCAGUGAGGAGACGUGGCCCACCAUCCAGUUCCGAAAGCAGGCAGACGGCAUCGAUAUCGGCUGGACGCUGGGCUACAUGCUGAACCUGACCGGGAUGAUCCCGGCCGAGGCGCCAGCUCAGUGGCGGGCACAGAGCCACAGCAUCUGGGUGGCCACAGUGGUGUUCCUGGUGCUGACCCUGGUCACGGUGCUGGGGGCUGCCUCGGUUCAGCUCUUCUGGGUGCAGGACUAGCAGGAGGGCAGAGGCGCACCCCCAGAACCCUCAGGCAGCUGCGCCCCGGAUGCUGUAGGCUUCCCAAGGCCCGAGCACCGUGGGGCCUUGCUGUGUGUCUCUGCCCACGGUCAGGUGACAGCCACCUCUGGGGCACCCUCAGGGUGCUGUGUGGCCUCCCUCCCCGGCGUCCCUGGGGCCCUCCCCACUGGGCUUCCAGGGCCCUGGGUGCCCUUCUGC